AUGUCCAAAACCCUCUACACCAUCCCCAUCCCCCCCCUCGGCCCCCAUCCCGGCGGCUCCAUCACCCUCGCCGAGCCCCAGCCCGCAAUCUACCUCCUCACCUUCCACUCCCCGCCCGACAACCGCCUCACCACCCCCGUCUGCAAGGCCCUCCUCGCCGCCCUCGACCUGCUCGAGUCCGGCGGCCACCCGCCCGGCGUCCUCAUCACCACCAGCGCCAUCCCCAAGUUUUACAGCAACGGCCUCGACCUGCAGCAUGCCGUUGACACCCCCGGCUUCUGGGCCCUAUUCUACUCUGUCUGGAACCGACUCCUAACCUUCCCCAUGCCAACCAUCGCCCUCCUCAACGGCCACACCUACGCCGGCGGCCUCAUGCUCGCCACCGCCCACGACUACCGCCUCGCCCCCUCCCCAAAGGGCUUCCUUUGCCUCAACGAAGUCCUCUUCGGCGCCCCCCUCCAACCCCCAAUGGCAUCCCUCUUCCGCGCAAAGCUCCCCUCCAACGCCCUCUUCCGCAAAGUCGCCCUCGAAGGCCACCGCUUCACCGGCGCCGAGGCCGUCGCCGACGGGCUCGCCGACGCCCUCUGCCCCAACGGCCUGGACGACGCGCUGAAAUUCAUCGCCGAGCGGCAGCUGCUGGAGAAGCCGAAAAGCGGCGUCUACGGCACCAUCAAGGCGGAGAUGUACAAGGAUUUGGUGAGGGAGUUGAAGGGCGCUGGGUUGGAGGCUGAGAUGGAGCGGUUUGGGAACGAUCAGAGGAGUGCGGCGGAGAGGAAGGAGUUUGGAAAGGUGUUUGUUGAGCAGUGGCGUAAGGAGGACAAGGCGAAGCUGUGA